AUGAUCAGCGCAAUAUUGGCGCUAUUUCUGCUGGGAUGCGCCCAAGUGCAGGCCCAGACACCUCCAAGCUGUGUAGGUCAAGUGGACGGCCGAUUCUUGGCACACGAAACUGACUGCUGGCGGUACUAUACGUGUGUCGGUGGUCAAGCUUUCCCCCAGGAAUGUCCGUCGCCAUACGUCUUCUCCGAGACACUGCAAAUCUGCGAUUUCGGCGAUCGCAACGCGUGCGUAUCGUGUCCGGCAACGGGAGUUAAAACCUUGCCUGUGGCGGGAUCGUGCACGAAAUACAUCCUGUGCGUCGAAGGAGGUCAAACCCAGCUGGAAUGUCCCGCCGAGCUGCAAUUCGAUCCUGCGAUCGGACAGUGUAACGUGGCUAGUAUCGUCAACUGUCUCGAGUUGAACUGUCCGGCCACGGAUGAUCCAAACAACCCGGUCAUACUGCCAAAUCCCAACAACUGCCGAGAGUACUUUGUCUGUGUUCGCGGUGAACCACAGUCGCUAAUGUGCCCAGUUAAUACCUUCUUCAAUCCCGACAAACGUGCGUGCGAUCUCGAGGCCAACGUCCCCUGUGCGAAUCCCCCCGUAAGUCCUGCAUACCGCAUUCCCACUCCGCAGGAUGAUUCGGUCGCCCGAUACUGCAUCAACAACCAGGGAAUGACACACAAGCCCAUUCCCAACGAUUGCCAGCGGUACGUUACAUGUCUGCAUACCGACGCUUACGUCAUAUCCUGCCCUCCCGGUAAGUCCUUCGAUCGUAUGGCGAAGGUGUGCAUGGAUACGGCCGAAGCGGAAUGCUUGAUUGACGUGAGGAGUCUGUGCCGCGCAACGACAGCCGAAUCCAUGGUAACGGUCGCCUACCCGAACAGCUGCUCGAAGUAUGUUCUCUGCGUCUUCGGUGAAGCGUACGAGAUGCAGUGUGCAUCGCACGAGCUGUACGAUAUCCUGACCAACCGGUGCGUGAUGGCGCACGAGGCACAUUGUGACAAUUACGUACCGUUGCUCCUGCUCGAUGAUCCGAAACCGUUUGCCGAACCGUGUGCCGGUAAUGUCGGUAUGACCAAUGCACCUAAUCCGAACAACUGCCGAGAGUACUACAUGUGCAUUAACACCGAAAGCCGACCGAUGACAUGCCCCGGAAAUCAGAUUUUCGAUAUCUACUCCCUCAGCUGCCGUCCAGUGAUGCAGGCGACCUGUAUUCGCGAUGUCGCACCGCCCCCUCCACCAGUCCCCUCGCCGCCUAACAAUCCAUCACCAGCGCCCGCAGGCGGUCCUUGCGCAGGUAAUGCUGGUAUCAACUACCUACCACACCCGGCCGACUGCUCUCGUUACUACAUGUGCAUGGAUACGCAGUCCAUCGAACGGAAUUGUGCGGCUGGAGAAGUGUUUGACGUUUACACUAAGCAAUGCUUACUUCGUUCGGCGGGAACCUGCGUGCUGGAUCCACCAGCACCCGCACCAGCUCCUGUAGGUGGUCCUUGUGCAGGUAAUGCCGGUAUCAACUACCUACCACACCCGGCAGACUGCACACGUUACUACAUGUGCAUGGAUACGCAGUCCAUCGAACGGAAUUGUGCGGCUGGAGAAGUGUUUGACAUUUACACCAAGCAGUGCCUACUUCGUUCGGCGGGAACCUGCGUCCUGGAUCCACCAGCUCCUGCACCAGCGCCAGUAGAUGGUCCUUGCGCAGGUAAUGCCGGGAUCAACUACGUGCCGCACUCGGCCGACUGCUCUCGUUACUACAUGUGCAUGGAUACGCAGGCCAUCGAACGGACUUGUGCGGCUGGAGAAGUGUUUGACAUUUACACCAAGCAGUGCCUACUUCGUUCGGCGGGAACCUGCAUCCUGGAUCCUCCCGGUUAUCCAGAGGAUCUACCAAAUCCGCCAACACCGCCACCCAAUGUGUCGCCUCUGCUCGCUUGUCUCGGUAACGUCGGUGUUAACAAUGCGCCCCAUCCGGUCGAUUGUACCCGCUACUAUCUGUGCAUCGAUGAGCAAGCAUUUGAGCAACAGUGUGGACCGAACCUCGUGUUCGACACUGUCACGCUGCAAUGCAACCGGCCCGAGGUUUCGGUGUGCGUCGAAAACCUUCCCACACCACCGACAGCAUCGCCUGGCCUUCAACCGACUCCUCCAACCGCUGCACCGACGCCUGCACCACCUUUGAUACCGCCACCCAAUGAGCCCGGACCACCACCGGUAGAAGUUCCAACCGUUCCGACCGCUGGUCCAGAACCGGUGACACCCGCACCACCCGUCCCUACCGCUCCAACACUGGUGCCCGGUCCGGAACCGACGCCAGUUCCUACUGCUGGUACCCCUGCUCCGACUGUAGCUCCUCCACCUCCUGAACCGACACCCGCUCCUACCGCUGCGACACCCGCUCCAACACCGGCCCCACCACCUCUUCCGACACCCGCCCCACCACCUCUUCCGACACCGGCCCCACCACCUCUUCCGACACCCGCCCCACCACCACUUCCGACACCCGCCCCACCACCUGCUCCGACGCCCGCACCAGGAGGCGGUACGCCCCACUGUCCCACGGACCAGGUAUUCUACCAUCCGCAUCCCGACUGUACCCGGUUCUUCCGAUGCGUAUGGGGAACGCUGCACGUGUUGGACUGUCCGCCGAACCAGUACUGGAACCAGGAGCGAGAGUUCUGUGACCAUCCCUUCAAUGUCAGCUGUCCUGGCUCCUCCGGCCUAAUAAACUGCUGCCCUGAUGGCGAGUAUUUCAAUGCAGAAACUCUGUUGUGUGAAGAUUCCGCCAAUGUGGAGUGUGACAUUAUACCACUGCCAUGCACUGAUACUCCGCCAUUGCCAACGACGACCGACAGCGGUGAAGCUGACACUACAACGCAAGAUCCGGAAGAAACAACUUUAGAACCGGCCGAUACAACUCCAUUGCCAGAAGACACGACGACUGUAGUGCCUGAAGAAACCACUGAACCGCCAGAGGAUACUACAACGCAAGAUCCAGACGAUACUACACUCGAACCAGACGAAACCACUGUACUGCCAGAGGAUACUACAACGCAAGAUCCAGACGAUACUACACUCGAACCAGAAGAAACCACUGUACUGCCAGAGGAUACUACCACGCUGGAUCCAGAGGAAACGACGACAACGGUGGACCCUGAAGAAACAACUGAGCUACCAGAGGAAACCACAACCGAUGAUGAAGAAACUACCGAACCACCACCAGAGACGACAACUGGGGGAGCUAGUGAGCUGGAUAAGCUUUGCGCUGCACAAACAUCCGAUGAGACGGUAGAAGUACCUUAUCCAGGCCAAUGCAACCCGUACGUGAUCUGCACGAACCGAGAGUUUGUCCGCGUAGAGACAUGUCCAGCAGGACUACAUUUCAAUCCCAUUAAAUCUGUUUGUGAUGCACGCAAUACUGCCGAAUGCGUCGAUUUCGUUUGCCAUGACAACCCGGAUGGCACAGUACUGACAGUGAAAAGCAUUAACACAUGUGACAAAUACUACAUAUGCUUCGGUAGCAUGGUACAGGUACGACAGUGCGCCCCUGGAACCAUUUACGAUCCAGAGAAUAAUUGGUGUAUCGUAGAUAAUACGGAAGCACCGUGUGAGCGUGAACGGCCACCACCUCCACCGGAGUCAGUCGUCUUACAAUGCAGAGCGGAAGAUGAACUUUCCAAGUUACGACAUCCCGCCCAGUGCGAUGUGUACUAUCGCUGUAUCAACGGUGUGAUUAUAGCACGGCAGUGUCCUUCCGGGUUGCUGUUUGAUACAGUGCGCGAACAGUGCAAUCGUGAGAGUGAGGUUAAUUGUGAAGCACCGGCGUAUUAUCUGGAGGAGACCGAGUGGAUACAUGUUGCCAUGCUAUCGUAUAUGUCUAUCAACCCGGCGCACCAGUGUUUGCUAUCGCAGUUUUAUCAUUCUGAAACGAAUCGGUUACUCAUGUUAUCGGAUCGGACAUCGCAGUACCGGGAAGCAACAGUAAAGUAUCUGCAAAACAUUUUCCGUACAACAUCCCCGAGCUGGCGAAAAUGUAUAAAUACGGGUGAUCGUAAUGGUACCUCAGGUUUCUACACUUUCACUAAGUUGGCAGUGGGAGCGUCUCUAACAAGCUACACGAUGCACACAGUGAUGGCCGUUUGGUGUUUGCUGACAAUUCUCGCAGUUGCCGUGCAGGCGCAAAUAUGUAGUAACUUCAAUUACACCAGGUUUCUCGCGGAUCACAGGAAGUGUAACUAUUAUACCGUCUGCCACAACGGACGACCUGUGCCACUAGUGUGCCCUUCGGGUUACCACUUCAACGUGGACAAGCAGCUCUGUGAUUAUCCAAGCGUGGCCGGUUGUAUUCGAUGCCCACCGACGGGAUUCGCUAACCUAGCCGUCGAUGGCAGCUGCACCAAGUUUGUCCAGUGUUUCCAAGGAGUCGCCCUAGACCGUGAGUGCCCAUCCGAACUAAAGUUCGACGCGUCCUAUGGGCAAUGUAAUCUCGCUGUUCGAGUACAGUGUAAGUGAUGGAAACGAUAGAGCCAGCUUGAUGAACCAUUGAACCCCAAUA